AUGCCAAGGCCGAACAUCGCCAACACUCAGGCUGAACACCUAGCCGACAGACAGGAGCGCUCCAUUGCGGUCGACUGGCUGGUUGAGGUGCAGACGAGGGGGCGGCUGAGGACUGCGACGAUCUUCCUUGCUGUGAGCCUCAUCGAUGGGUACCUUGCAUUGAAAGAGGUGAAGCGUGACUCGCUCCAGCUGCUAGUUGUAGCUGCUCUCUUUGCGGCUGCGAAGUUCGAGGAGAUACAGCCCCUUCAAUUGCGCGAUCUGGUCACCCUCACGCAGCAGACCUGCUCCAAGCAAGACAUUCGGGCCAUGGAGGCUAAGCUGUUGACCACUGUGGAGUUCCGGCUUUGCCGGCCCACGGCGGCCCACUUUGCAGAUAGGUACUUGCAGACUCAUGGCUGCGAAGAGGUCCAGGGGGCCGUCGUCGCGUAUCUCCUGCAGCUGGCCCUGAUGGACUUCGGCAUGCUGAGGUACACGCCAUCGGAACAGGUGACUGCUGCCGCCAUGAUCAGCUCCAGGCUAAGUGGCGACCAAGCCAUGCAGGCCAACUUCACCAGGGCUGGUGCGCCCAACCGCGAGCAGCGCGUGCUGCGCUGCGCCAUGAACCUUUGCCGUCUCGUCCAGGCGGCGAAGAAGUCGCCAUGGCAGGCCGUGCGACGCAAGUUCAUGAGGUCACGGAAUCCGGGAGUUUCGGCUUGCAUAAGUGAGCUCGAGGAGUAG